CCGGAAGUCAUGAGCGCAUUUCCCAGCUCUGGAAGACGAGUGUUGAAAUGGUAUUUUGUCCACAGUUUAGACGUUUUUUAAACUAAAAAAUGGCGUGGAAAAGCAAAGGCUCCCCUCUUCCUCCGGCCUCCUUACAACUCCUUGUCCCUCCAGUGAGACUUAUGUCUGCCUUCAUGUGGCGAGUAGUGCAGCAGCACAGUGUGAUGCACUACGACAAGCUGGUGGACUUCAUCAGUUUGGCGACAGAGAUCGUCCCAGAGCUUCUGAGUCCCAGCCGGAGAGCUCAGCUCAUCCUGGGCCUGAGAGCAAAGCUGGUUCUGGAGCUGUGUCGUGGUGAUGGCGCCGCCAACCUGCAGACCAUCCAGAGCCACCUGGAUAAAAUCCACGCCUGCAGCGCAGAACUGAGCUCGGCCGAUCAGAUGGCUGGUGGUGACAUACUGAAGACCUCUUACACCAACUUUGCCAGCCUGGUUCAGAACAUUUUGAGUGUCCCUUUUGAAAAGAAGUUAUUCUUCCAAGAGGUUUUUCCUGCAAACUACGGCUCCAGCUACGACCAGAUACUGCAGCAGCUGGUGUCUGAGUUCCUGUCCAGGCUGGAGCAGCUGCUGCCAGUACCAGACCUGCAACAGGCAGCAGCAUUGCUCACUGAAACAACACCUGUGUUGGAAGAAUUUGGGCAGCAUCUGUCUGAACCCUUUGCCCUGGAGACUCUGCUGCUUCAUCACAGACAGUUGGGGACUCUCAGCUCUGCUCCUUCCAGCAGCGAGGAAGACAUCCUUUUGUCCACCCUGGUCCUCCCUGUUCCAACUGGCAUGGACAGGUUCUCUGGGUCUUACAGUGAGGGCGAUGAUUAUGACAACGAGGAAGAGACCCUGGCAUUGGAAGAGUUAGAAGAAGACUUAAGUCAAAGCUCAUACAUCACUGCAGAUGAGUGGUUGCCAAAAAAGGAAUCAGGUCGUCUGUCCCAUUCAUUCAUCUGCCCUCAGUGUUCGUUCACCCACCGCACAAAGAGGAAGGUCCAAGAGCACAUCCAGAGUGAGCACCACAUAACAGCCUCCAUUCAGGAAAAAGCUUCUGUGAAAAAGGCCAGAGCAAAGACGCCGCAGAAAAGUAAAGACUUGAACGAAAAGAAGAAAGUCGACGGCAACUCGGUGAGAACGAGGAAACGUAAACAAAAAGACGGUGCUGAACGGGAACGCAAGCUUAAGAAGGACAACUUGGAAAACAAGGAGCGACGCAGACGGAAAGAGCCCACGGGGGAAGACAAAAGGUUCCUGAGCAUGCGACCUGUGACCAAAAACUUCACAGAGAAGGAAACCAAAUGCUUGGAGUGCGAAAAGGUUUUCGAGCAUCCGAAUCAACUGAAGACUCACAUGAAGCUCCACAGCUUCCCGUACCGCUGCAGCCAGUGCGAGAAGGGAUUCACCAGCCCGUCCGGUUAUUAUCAGCACCAGAGGCUCCACAAGAGAGGACGGAUAUUCGUCUGCAGCCAGUGCAACAAGGGCUUCCUGUGCAACUAUUCGCUCAAGCAGCACCAACGGCUGCACCAAGGCCCCAGCAACCUGUGCCCGAUCUGCGGGAAAGGCUUCAGCAAAGCGGGCAUCACCAGACACAUGCAGAUGCACCGAGGGGAGAGGAAUUACUUGUGCACCACGUGCGGCAAAUCCUUCCUGUCCUCAGGGGAGCUGCUGCUGCACACUCGCUCUCACACGGGCGAGAUGCCGUACACCUGCACCCACUGCGGGAAGGGCUUCUCCAGCAAGAGCCACCUGAACGUCCACACGCGCUCGCACACGGGGGAGCGUCCGUACCUGUGCCCGGAGUGCCCGAAGCGUUUCCUCACGCUGAACUGCCUGAAGCGGCACACGCUCAGCCACAACGGGGUGAAGCCAUUCAAGUGUCCGAGCUGCGAGAGAGAAUUCUCCCAGCAGGGCAAUCUGAAAAGACACCUGGCGACUCACAAACCUGACACGUGAGGCGCCGCUUGUUGUUUUAGUUAUUUAAAAAUCUGUGUAAAAUUAACUCUAUUUAUAUCAGGGCGAAUGAACAGACACUCUGGGCAGUUAUUCAUUGUGUAUUAGCAACAAUGAUAAUAUGUUGUCUGCUUUGGUUUCUUCAUUAAAGACAGUUGCACACUGCUGGAUUUGUACAUUACAGACUUUUUAACUCCUGUGUGUGUCACAGUUGAGCAUUUGCAACAUUCAGUCUUUCACCACUGGCUUAAGAAUGAAAAAAUACAGCUAUUAAAGCUAUUUUAACUCACUGUCCCUUAUGUGAGUGUGAGUUUAUAACCCAGCAGCUGUGAGGCAGGGCUCAUUUGAUCCAUGAUGAAGUUGAGGCCUGAUUCUGUGGUGGAACAAACAGCAGGAGCCUACAGUGCCAUGAGGGCGGUUGUGCCAGUUUGUUUUAUUUGAGAGCUGCUAAAGUGCAAUGGGUUCAGGGUCAUGUUGGGAUGGUGUACAUUUGAUAGCUUACUGCAUUUGUUUGUAGGUGCUAAUGUAUUCAAAACAUAACAUAGUCAGUGACAACAUUCGACUGAUGGCUCACUGUGACUGAUGACCAAUCUUAAUGAGUCAGUGUGUAGUCGCCUAUUUCUAGUGGGUUUAAUGUCUUUCACAGCUUCUUUUAAAAAAAUGUAUUUAAUAUGGAGUCAUCAGCCCUGUGGCCCAAUAAACAGUGAUCGUGUGACUGCAGAAUAUCAUACGUGUGAAU